AUGGAGUCGCAGCUGACAGCAGUCUACACGUUCCUCACGGACUUCGCAGCUUACCACCAGAAGCAUCCUGAGCCACGCAUAUCCAAGGAGACUGGACGGCCUGAGACUUACUACCUCUCCCAGAAAUACGCAGUGGAUUUCAUCAGGAGACAGUCCAUGCAGCUUGUCAGCCCUGUCUCUCCCACCGGGGAGCCCCUUGAAGGCCCUCAGUCGCCGGUUUCCGCUACUCUCUCACCUGAGAAUAAGGCGAAACUGAUGGCUAUCCUGAACCACAACAUCUAUCCCCUUCUCCCUACCAUCCAUGAGAAAAUGGAGCACCCCCCUUGCACUGAUCCUCUCUCCGUCAUAGGCCGAGGAAAGGCCAGCACCGUCUAUCGCAUCCCUGAGUCCUUCGACGGGGUCCUCAAGUUCGGCAAUCCUAGUGACCUCUUGAGAGAGAAGAUCGCCAUCGAGAAACUUUACAAGGGUUUCAAAAUCUACCGUCAUCAUAUUCACGACAAGCGCUUUUCUCGUCGUGUGGCCGAACGAGAUCAGAGAAUCGCGGCUCCCAAGCCUCCUAAAGUGAGAGCUUACCUUGAGGCCGGAGACGGCCAAUUGCGUCAAUUCCGCGAGAGAAUGCCGACUUCUUCUCCUCAGAAUGACGAAACCAAUGGCCAUUGCGCACUGAUUAUCCCUAGUAUCACUCCUUUCACCGUGGGUGUUCGAAGACAGAUUGUGGGCAAGUACUUCAAGGCCCACGUCAAGGAGGCCGUUCUCGCGGAUCCCGAGAACGAGCAUUGUCUCAUCCGCCCGCUCCUAGGACUCAAUAAUCCCAAUGGCGACUGUACUCCGGUCCUACACCCUCUUCAUGGUGAGGAGACCUCUCUGCGCGACUUCCCUGCCUACUUCGGCCAGCUGGAGAGUUAUCUUUCUCCCUUCUGGCUACAGAUCCUCGUCAAGCAGAUCGCCAUCUCCUAUGCCGUCAUGCACUGGGCAGCCGGAAUUGACGGUCGUGGUGUCGAGCUCUUGCUUGGGAUGAAUAGACACGGCAAGGUGACAUUGUUCAUCAUCGACCUGGAGGACACUGGUGAUUUCAUCAAGCUGAAUCAAGAUGAGGUGAAGGAGAGACUUGUUCCCGCCGUUCACGGCAGCAACGCCUACAUUCCUCGACCCAGCAUCUCACCUGAGAUGUGGGAGCUCUUCGAGGACACCUACUGCGAGAUCUCGUACGAUCUUAUGAAGGCUUGCCCGAUGAAGUACCGAGAGGAGAACAUUGGAGUCUUCUACCUACCCGAGCUCUUCACGACUCUGCUGAAAGAGGCAUUUGAGCGAGACGAGAUCUUCAAAUCUAUCGACGACGCCUAUAUCCAAUUCGGUAGCGACACUGAUGACGAGAUCGAGGAGGAAGACAGCGACGAUGAUGUUGAUGAUGAUGAUGAGGACUCGGAUGAUGAUAGCGAGGAGGUCGCCAUAGUUGAGAAGGCUCCUAUCUACGCAAGCUGGGCCGACGAGAUGGAUAACGUCGAUCCGAUUCUGCCCAACUACAGCCUCUCAGCGCAGACCACCUUCGCCAAUACCAGCAAGGUGAAGAAGACUGUACGAUUUGCAGAGUGGAAGAACGAGGUAUUCGAAGUGCCUGCCGAUGAAGAGGCUCGUAAGAUAGACCUUCGCUAUCUGUACCCGAAGUAUCGCGAGGAUGAUAGUGAGGAUGAGACUGAUGACGAGAACGUCAAUGACGAAGAGGAUAACUUCAAUUCUUAUUACGGGGAUGAUGAAGAAGUCGACUGGAGAAACAUUGCCCAGUCCUACAAUAAAGACGCCAAACGCCAGCGCCGAAACUCUCUCUAG